AGCAUUUCCAGCACAAGCAGGACAGAGAGAAGAGAAGUUCAGCAAUGGCAAGAACCAAGCAGACCGCUCGUAAAUCCACCGGUGGUAAAGCCCCGAGGAAGCAGCUCGCUACUAAAGCAGCGCGGAAGAGCGCGCCAGCCACCGGCGGCGUCAAGAAGCCCCAUCGUUACAGGCCCGGGACCGUGGCUCUCCGAGAGAUCCGCCGUUAUCAGAAGUCCACCGAGCUGCUGAUCCGCAAACUGCCUUUCCAGCGGCUGGUGCGAGAAAUCGCUCAGGACUUCAAGACGGAUCUGCGCUUCCAGAGCUCCGCUGUCAUGGCCCUGCAGGAGGCCAGCGAGGCUUAUUUGGUCGGUCUGUUCGAGGACACCAACCUGUGCGCCAUCCACGCCAAGAGAGUCACCAUCAUGCCCAAGGACAUUCAGCUGGCCCGCCGCAUCCGCGGAGAGCGCGCUUAAACCCGCAUCAGCGCAUCACACCCCAACGGCUCUUUUAAGAGCCACCAAAACUGAUCUGAAUGAGAUCAUUUCCAUCAACAGUUAUUAUUACAGAAGUUUUGGCGUUUGUGUCAAACCAAAGUGUCAGAUCAAUAUCUACAGAUUAUAAAACAUUUGAGGGUUUUUUUUUGUCCCCCUCCAUUUAAACUCGUUAUCACUUAGAGAAUUUAAAAUGAUGACUUACCUGUAUAAUGUGAAAUAAUGCAAUAUAGAGUAACACAUUUUGAGUGAGUACAUGUCAGAUAAAUUAUUUAAUAUCUAAACUUUUAGUAAAAUAAACAUACUGGAUAGCGUUCGCUGCACAUAAUUUUAAAAAUGUUUUUGAAAUGUAUUCAGGGACAAUAUUAUAUUAAUUUAAAAUAUAUGAAGACAGUAAAGUUGUGAAAGUAUCGAACAUAAUCCUGCAUUUUAGCACUAUAGUUUAACAUUAAAAUAAUUCUGUCUGGGUCUCAAUUGUUUGCGAUUUCUAAAUUUCCUUUACUAAAGAGGUAAAAAGAACAACAUUCAUGUACAAACACAAGCAGAAACAAGAUAUAACACAGAUGUGCCACAAUAUAAUCAUUUUACUUUAAUAUCCCUCUUUGUUUACUUUGUUGAGCUUUCAGUGUAAACUAGUAAAACUGUAAAUUAUAUGAUCUUUGUGAAAUAAAUGUUUAUGAAACUUAACUUAAAUUGUAAACAAACCUCCAAGGUGAUCACGUGAUCUGGCUUUAUUUGAGGGGAGGGGCGUGUUGCGCCAUGUGACAUGCCGCUGGUUUCUGUCAGGUCCUGUAAGCAAGUGUAAAAAACCUCCUUGUCUGAUUCGCCAUUCAUUUCUCAUCAUCGUCUGAUAGAGAUCAGUGAAGCAUGUCUGGAAGAGGUAAAGGCGGUAAAGGGCUCGGAAAAGGAGGCGCUAAGCGUCACCGUAAAGUUCUGCGCGAUAACAUCCAGGGAAUCACCAAACCCGCCAUUCGUCGUCUGGCUCGCCGCGGCGGCGUCAAGCGCAUCUCCGGGCUGAUCUACGAGGAGACCCGCGGUGUGUUGAAGGUGUUUCUGGAGAACGUUAUCCGCGAUGCCGUCACCUACACCGAGCACGCCAAGAGAAAGACCGUCAC